AUGUCCAAGUCCCUAACCUCAGCCUUCUACUGUACAGGAUGGGACGAAGGCGUGAUGAACAUGACAGUUGGCGAGAAGUGCAUAUUGACCAUUAGCGGGGACUAUGCAUACGGCGACCGGUAUGGCCUUUUUCCAUCUCUUUCCCCCAUUGUGCUGUUUUCCCAAGGCCGCCCUUUGCUUGCUCUGGCCCCCUUUUAUUUGCUCGACCCUUUCUCUGGCCGUCCGGUGGGAUAA